GAACCAGAGCCCUCCCUGGCAUGCUCAGAGGCGGCUCCUGUCCCCAGGAGAGGGGGUGGUUCCCAGGAGGGGGUAGCCUGCUGCUGCCACCGCCAGGCGCUCUCCCAGGCAACUGCUGUGCUGCAGCGGGCAGCCUCCGGGAGUGGCUCUGGAGCCUGGCUGCCAGAAGAGCAGCCAAACAGCCGGGGGGAGCUGGGCCAGCGCAGCAGGAGGACAGAGUCCUCCACCCAGAAGCCAUGACGGAAGCAGUGAGUUCAGGCAGAGAUUGCCUGCAGGCCGGAGAGUCCUGCACCAAUGAUCCCAGCUGCAGCUCCAAGUUCCGGACCCUCCGGCAAUGCAUCGCGGGCAACGGCGCCAACAAACUGGGGCCGGACGCCAAGAACCAGUGCCGGAGCACAGUGACGGCCCUGCUGUCCAGCCAGCUUUCUGGCUGCAAGUGUAAACGGGGCAUGAAGAAGGAGAAACAUUGCCUGAGCGUCUACUGGAGCAUCCACCACACCCUGAUGGAAGGUAUGAAUGUGUUGGAGAGUUCUCCGUACGAGCCAUUCAUCAGGGGCUUUGACUAUGUCCGGCUGGCAUCCAUCACCGCAGGUUCUGAGAACGAGGUGACGCAGGUGAACCGCUGUCUGGACGCCGCCAAGGCCUGCAACGUGGAUGAGAUGUGCCAGCGGCUGAGGACAGAGUACGUCUCCUUCUGCAUCCGGCGCUUGGCCCGGGCCGACACCUGCAACCGCUCCAAGUGCCACAAGGCCCUGCGCAAGUUCUUUGACCGCGUGCCCCCCGAGUACACGCACGAGCUUCUCUUCUGCCCCUGUGACGACACGGCCUGCGCCGAGCGCCGCCGACAGACCAUUGUCCCCACCUGCUCCUACGAGUCCAAGGAGAAGCCCAACUGCCUGACCCCCCUGGAUUCCUGCCGGGAGAACUAUGUCUGCAGGUCUCGAUAUGCGGAGUUUCAGUUUAACUGCCAGCCUUCCCCGCAGUCUGCGACUGGCUGCAGGAGGGAGAACUACGCUGCCUGUCUGCUGGCAUACACAGGAAUCAUAGGUAGUCCCAUCACACCUAACUAUAUCGACAAUUCAACUGCCAGCAUAGCGCCUUGGUGCACCUGCAACGCCAGCGGCAACCGUCAGGAGGAGUGUGAGAACUUUCUGCACCUCUUCACCGACAACCUCUGUCUCCAAAACGCCAUCCUGGCCUUCGGCAACGGGACGUACCUGAACGCGGCACUGGCCCCAUCCGUGCCCCCGACGACACAGAUGUACAAGCAGGAGCGAAACGCCAACAGAGCCGCCGCCACCCUCAGAGGGAACAUCUUUGAGCAGCUCCAGCCCACCAAGGGAUCUGGAGAGGAGCCGCUCCUAAGGGGCUCCACCCAACUGGCAUCCGAAACCUCCGGCUUGGCGUCAGCCUCCCGCGCUGCGGAGUGGCUGCUGAUGUGGGUUUCCAUGGCUCUCGCUGCGCCACUCCUGCUUGCGAUGUGAAACGGAGCGAGCAUGCAGCAGGCGGUGACUCUAUGCGCGCCUCUUUCUUUUUUUUAAAAAAAAAAGCACUCAUUGGGGGAGGGCGGGGCUGUAUGUGGAAAUGCCCUGCUCCCCCCCCAACCAACAUAUUUUAUUUUGUAAAAUCGAAGGCGUCUCACCAGCUAGCUCCUGGUUACCCUUCCUGCUCCUCGGCUCGCUUCUCGUCUCCAGCGCCCUGUAGCGUGUCCAUGGCAGUGCAGAGCCACAGACAGGUCCCUUCAUAGAGCCCAGCACAAGAAACCAGAGAUCCAGAGGCCCUGAGACAGCCGAGCGAGAAAAGACUCCUGAUGGAUGAGCUGUCAGGAAGGGUUCAUGAAACGUUGGCCUACGGGGACAUGGUGGGUCUUGCGAUAGGCCAUGCAACUUUCUACAGCGUGUCCCGAGCUGCGGCAGGACCAACAGAACCCCGUCCCUGGCUCAGACUAAGGCCAUCUUCCACUUUGCCAGCAAGGUGUUGCCUUUGCCUACCAAGGAAGAUACCAGGCGUCUCUGCGGGGUAGAGCAGAGCCAGGGCCAUGCGGUCCCUGACCUAGCUGGUUUUUCGACAUGUCUGACAGCAUCCUGUGUAACUGGCAUGUAACUCCCAUCCGAACCCUGACCCUUUCCCCUCUCCUGUAGAAAACCGUGUUCACGUGUUACUGGUCUUCAGGCAGAAACACGUAUGUCACCUUCCAUUUUUUUUGCCGGCUUUUUGGCAAUUCAUGGUGGCAUCCCCUUCGGAGCCCGGAACAUUCUUAACUGGCCCUGUCAAGUCUUUGGGGUAGUUUUUGUCACAUCCAAGUGUGAGGUGAGAGCAGGAUAUAUUGUCCCACACAACGCGUGUCUUUUUAUAAUCGCUUGGUAUGUAUAAGCCUCCAGGCAAGAAUUGAUGUUCAUAUCACUUGACUUGUGCUCACGUGACAGGCGAGUUGUUUGGUCUGAAAGGUUGUGUCUACACUGCAUCAGAACACCCGCAGCUGGCCUGGGUCACAGGAUCAGUUGCUGUUUAGAUGUGUCUGGGCUCUGGGACCCCCAUGAGCCCUGAUGUCUACACUACAAUUUUAUAGCCCUACAGCCUGAGCCCGAGUCAGCUAAUACGGGCCAGGUGUGAGUGUUUUACUGUUCACUUAGACGCCCUUAGUGACACAAAUGAUGUUCAGUGGUUUACUUGGUAUCUCGCUAGUCACAGAAAUGAAAGAUGGGCUGGAAAAGGUUCAGCGGAGACCAAGCAACCAACCAACUCACCCACACGAAUGACCACAGGGGGAUACUAAAAAAACCCAGCCGCCGUAUGAAACAAUCCAGGCACUAAAUGUAGCAGGGCAGGGCUUGCUCUGAGUCACAUUGUUAAAUAGUUAACUAGAGUUGCCCUCGUUGGGUUGGUUUAUGCCCUCAUGCUUCAGACGCUAAGUCAAUCUCUAAAUAAUGGGAUCUGGGAGGAAGCAUUCUCUAUACUUGCUGCUUGCAGGAUUUAUUGCACCGUCUUCUGUUGGUGUAUCGGGGGCUGGGCUGCUGGGCUACAUGGGGCAUGGGUCUGAGCUUGGAUGGCCACCCCUACUUUCCUGUGGAGAUAGAGCGUAUGAUCCUGAGGGUGGUGAGUGAGCCCCUAACUCCUCUUGACAUCAGUGGCCGAGCUGAGGGGUCUCUGUGCUGGAUCAGGCCCAUAGAAUUGCUCCCUCAUUAAAUACUCAGCCUGGCUGCCCCACGGAGGAGCCUUUCUUGAGGGCCUCACGCGCUUUGGGCUGCUGGGUUCCAGAAGAACAUGGCUUGGGUCACACGUCUCCAGCGCCACCAGCAGCCAUCUCCUGCCAGGUGGAUUUGUCGGAAGGAUUUUGACAGGGCCCAGCAGUGGCAGGUGGGGAUCGCGAGCCCCACCCAAUGGAGCGCUGCAAGCACAAGGCCCAGGAUAGGGGUUUGGCUGCAGCCCGUUGCCCUCCUCUCCCCGUCCCCUCAGAAGUUGAUGUCUUAGCUCGAUUGCUUAAAUGUUAAAGGAAAAUUGCAACAGAAGAGAAACAUUCCCAGGCCCUUAAUCCAGUGUGAAAUAUAACCAGUUAAUACUUACUCUGGAGUUCAGCGCCUAGUUUAACCAAAGCCCUGUUAUGUUCCCCCCACCCGGGCUCCCGUGGGGCACCUUAGCACAGUAAGAUCUCACUGGCCUGGUUUUACAGAGGUCUCAGCUGUGCCAGAGAUCUUCAUAAACUCAGGGCUUAUGGGCAGGGACACCAGGUUUAAAUGUGAAACAACAAAGCUGAACACAGACAUAUCCUCAGCUUGGUGUCAUGCAGCCAACCGGGAAGAUGAGAGCGACGGCGAACAGCAGACAAUGGCCACAGCUCAUGGUACAUUUUUAGCAGGAUGGGGUUAGCAUACACUAGCCUAGACUAUAUAGAUCCUGGUAGCCCCCUACGCAUGGGCGAGCCGGAUAAUAGUGCGUUAAAUGACACGACUAACAGCUGUACUAUGCACAGCAUGACCACAGCUGGCAGGAUUUGAACACUGACCCCAGUGACAGCUAGACAAGGAGCUUACCUGUGUCCAGGAAGCUACCUCAUAAGAGUCCUUUAUGUGCUACACUCCUUACCUUUAAAUAGCUGUGGCAAUUUCCUGCCGUUCUGGCCAUAAUAUCCUGAGCUGCUGGCUGCCAUGCCAACCGUCUUGUGCUGAGCCAUGUGAUCAUGCCCCGUUACUGGUUAGAAGGGUCAAUAAAAUGGCCGCCUUCUGGGACCUUACCCCACUGUCCAGUUCACAUCCCUGAGUCUUUUGAAACGCUGGGUUCCCAUUUCCUUAGCUACGUGUGUUGUAAGUGACUGAGGGUGGUUGUUUUUCCCCUGCAGCCAGCAAUAGGAAAAGUCAUUCCAGCCGUCCCCUAACGUCGGUGUGGAGAAUUUUAGUCAUCACACGCUCGGCAGGGCGGAAUUAGCUAUAAUUAAGGGGGGAGCCGCUCAGCUGGUAUAAAUUGGCUGAGGGAACUGGCAUCAGCUCUCUUGUGUACCCCUGCUAAAUGCCACCUUUUUUUUUUUUUUAGCAGCAGAGGGGUCAGCUGGCCAGACAGUGCCCAGUCUCAGCCUCCAGCAGACUGUGCUUAAUUGUUCCUUCAAAACCAGGGCUUGGAAAGCAAGCUGGCACGUUUCACACCUCAGCCACAGUGGUUGGGCUGCGGGCAAAACGGCCCUAGUUCUUGUACGCCAACUAGUUAUUGUUUUCCCCACGCCACCCUUGCAAGGGCUGCGAGGCCAAUGCAGCUCAAUGGCAGCAAAUGUGUCACCCUAAUUUUCUUCCCCUCGUGAAAGCCCCAUGUUUUACGGAUUCCAAACAGUGGCACGUAUGGGCUGGGUUUGCCUACAAAAGGGGUCACAGAACUGCAAUGGACGUGGCGCGAUUUGAUGCCUGGAUGAAACACGCAAACUGUUGUGUAGUUUGUUGGCCGCGCUGGCUGGAGUCAGCAGCGCUCUGGCUGGGAGCCCAGGAGAGAUCCUACACCUAUAGGAUGGGGAGUUUUUCACUCAAUUUAAAAAGUCAAAGCUUGUGGAUGCUAAGCAGUGGCCAGCUGGAGAUGAUGUUGUGGGAAGGUUUAAUACAAGCGUUCAAGCCAACGUUCUCUCUCUCUCUCUCACACACACACACACACACCCAUCCCCCGCUCCAUAUCUCUUCCCUCUCCCUCCACAAAAUGGGAUGAAAUUUUUAUAUGAACAUUUCAUCCUUUUUUCCCAUCAGCAUUUGAACUUGAUAAAAAAAAUUCAUUAAAAUUUCAACAUUUGCAAUUUCUUUUUUAAUCAAUUCUUAUACCCAAAUGAGAAAAUAUAAUCACUUUUUUUGGUGGGGGGGGGCUUCCCUUUGUGCCAUGGGCCAAAAUGUUGACAAAAAUUUAAAAUAUCAAAAAUGAUUAAAUGUUUCAAUCUGCUCCACUAACCAGGGCCCUUAGCGUAUCUGCUUGCACUGGAAAGGGGCUGAGCCAGCCCAAGCCGUACCCCACAGACUUUCAUAAGCACAAAGCUACGUACUUUUUAAUUAAUCAAAAUUCUGUGGCAUCGCUGAGCUGUUUUUUUUCUGAUGGGCCAUUGCCAGAGCAGUUUGGGAAUUCCUUACCCCUUGUGUAACUCAAGCACCAAACCACCAACGCUACUGGCGAGGAAGCCGUUUCUGCGGGACGGAAUAAUCUCUGCAAUAAAACGAGUGAGGGCAGGUGAUGCUAAGAGACUCUGUGUGUGUGUGUGUGUG